AUGGCCUCAUCUCGAGGACGUGAAAGAUUACGACAAAAAGAAGCAGCUGGUAUUUCGUAUGCUUUCGGUUCAUCGACUCCUCGUGAUUUUUCCUAUCUCAGCAGGGUUCCACGAAAAUUUCGUCAAUAUGAUAUCAAAAUGCCAGCGGGGGCUCAGAAUGGACCAAGUCUCAUGGAAUAUAUGCGACAAGAACGUGGUGGAUGGGCAUUUGGAUCAUCGACACCACGAGAUCCCAGUCAUAUAACAACUGGGCGAAGACAUGAGUCUCGAUCAGUGACUAGACCGAAUGUUCUAUCAAUGACACGCUCUGUGACAGUGGAAGCACCACGAAAUCGAACAGCUCAAGUUCCAUUUAUCACAAGAAGGACACAAGAAGAAGAGGGAGAAAGAGACGAAGUUUCUUCUGAGCCUGACCUUGUUCAAGAUCGAACACUGAACCUUGAAGAAGCAAAAAAGAAGCUCAUCGAGACACAGCCAGAAACACCAACAGCAACAAAGAAACCACCGAAACCAGCCGCAACGAAUGUGGCUAAUCGAAAUACCGGACGAAAUUCACCGAAAAGACAAAAAUCUUCUUCAUCAAGCCGGCCACAAAGCAGAGAUCAACCAUCACCAACAACAACGAAAAAGCAAACAACUCUGCUAAAUAAUCGAGAAGAAAAUGAGAACUCCGAUGAAAGCAAACCGGAAGCAUGGAUAAAGACUGAACUUCAAGGCCAAGUGAAGGCUACGCUAAUCACGAUGCAAACUAAUAUUGAAAAACCAAUCGGAGAAGAGAUUACAGUGGUCCAAGAUGUAGCCACUGAGAUUAGAAGUAAUCACUUGGCGAACAAGCCGAAAAGCCACAAUGUUGCAGUAAAUAAUUCGCGUGAUACCGUAAACUCUUCGAUCACCGAAAAACGCGAGAACUUAGAGGAUCAAGAAAACGAAACAAGCAAGCAAACACCCGAAAAUCAUUCCGACGAAGACUUCUCAAAUGAUCUC